CUUCUUCUUCUUUUUUUUUUUUUUUUUUUUUUUUUUUUUUGCAGACACAGAGAGUUCCUGUAAGGCAGGGCUUGCAGCUCAGCUGUGCAUUGACAUUAUUUGCAUUCUUCUGCUAGGAUUACCGAGCCUUUUUGCCUUUUGCACAGUCAGGAGGGAUAUAGCAGGUUGGUAGCGUCUAAGUGUGCAAUGCUUUAUAUAAUAGUUCAUUUCUUUAGUAUGCACGCAUAUUCAAAGUCAUUUUGUGUGCAACAGGAAUCCAAACUUUUGAAAAGUCUCGAGGUGAAGAUGAAAGGCAAAACUCGCCCUAAACUAGUAGGAAAUUUCUGUGAUCUUAUAUUCUUUGGGGGAAGGAACCACUGCGGUGCCAGCGUUCAGCUUACAUUUUUAUUGAUUUCGCUUUGGACAUUAGGCAACUUUUGAUUUUUAAGGGAAGUAAAGGUGAAGUGUGGAGAGCAGUGUAUUAUUUAAAAAAAAAAAAAGUCUUGCUUUUCCGAGAUUUUGUACUUUGUGUCAACUGCUUGCAGAGGUGAAGACUCAAAAUGUGUUUGGCCCUUUGGAAGAUGCUUUUGCGCCUGGGGGAGGACUUUAGGGGGUGAGCAGCGUUAUUUGUGCGCAUUGUAUCAAACCUGAGCCGACUACACUGUUUCAUUGGCAACUACAGUGAAAUUUUGUAAGUGUGUAACUGCUUAGACUUGGUAGGAAGUUCUAUAAUAGGUCAGAAGUUCAGGACUGUGGUUGCCUUUUUCUUUUUCAAAUUUAAUUAAUUAAAAAAAUGUUUUGUAAGGCUGUAUUUUGCAAACUUACUGAUGUUCUGUAGCUGGAUUAAAAAAUAAAAGAGUCCUGCAUGGUGUCACUGAAGAGAUGCGUAGGCGCCCGUGAGACCUUUAAUGACUUGUUUCAAGAGCAAUCUUCCUUGACAUAGAGAAAUCUGGUGGUAUCUGAGAAAUGCCCCAAAAUGAAGAGGUCUGCUAGGUUACCUAAGAACACCACUAGAGCAAGAUCUGGGGAUAUUAAAGUAUCCAGUAAGCUUUUUGCCACACUGCGUUUGGAGUUGUGAUACCAUUUAAUUCUACCUGAUGAACAUGACGUAUCUAAUCCCGUGACAGAAGGGAUUGUUCUUCAGAAUUUAAAGGAAGACUGUUUAUGGUCGUUUGUUUCGUGUUCCAGGUCAGGGGAGGAGGAAAUAUUUUAACUGUUUCAGAAAUGUGCAGAUGAACCUGGGAAUUGGCAUUUCUUUUUUAAAGGUGUGGAUAUUCCUUAGCUAGGAGAAUCUCAAAAUCUUGAGCAGAGAAAUCAGAGUGUACAAGAGUCAGUCCAUGCGGUAGCAAUACUAAAGAAAUAACUCCUAGUUACUUUGUAUUUGGUAAACAUUCACUCAUUCAUUCAACUCAGCUUAAUAUAUGUAUGUAUGAUAUCCAUGUUUAUGUCUGUAUACAUGUAUGCAUAAUUAUACAUACAUACACAUGUAUAUUUGCAUGCAUGUGUUAUGUGCAUAGAGUUUGGGGGGGUACACGAGAAUAUUUAAAAUGAAGUCUUUUUCUUCAAGAAUUACCGUCUGGUUUGAGAAAGUGAGAAUGUGAGGACAUUUUUGUGACACAGACAGCAGUAGGGAUUGGGCAGCGAGAUGGCCCAGGACGUAAAGGUUGCCAAGCCAACCUUACUUCCAUCCUCCAAAGCCAAACGGUGGAAAGAAACUCCUCCAAGUUGUCCCUUGACCUCCACAUGUGCACCAUGCACACCCCAGACACACAGAAUAAGUAAACGGAAUUAUAAAACAAAAUUUAAAAGCCCAGCUAUUGAAGAGGCACAGGGCUACCAUGGUUCAGAGGCCACAAUGAGUCUUUUAUUUGGGGAGUUGUAAGGACACUGCGGGAAGAAGGUUAUAUGUCCUAUGAUCCGGAGGACACCUCACCAUCACCCAAUUUGAACCUUGGGCUAUACAUUAACUUCCUCUUGCCAUAGUUUUUGGGCUUACUUGUAAGAUAAUUCCUUUCUCAGCAGGUCUUUUUUUCCCCCUUUGGAAGCUAACAGGGAGGUAUCCACUCUUGAUCAUGGACCAGGGGUGGGUGGUCCUUCAAGUAAUUUAUGCAGAUGAGCUUUCCCAACCAGACCUUGCUUGCAAACUCUAUCUGGUCUGAACAUGAGGCCUUUUGUCCAAAAGGAAAAUUAUUGGUGGAAAGAUGUGGGCAAUCAUUUCAGAAAUGGCCAAGGAGCCUUGGCCUGGUCUUUUUAUGUGGACUACGCCUGGCUUAGCAGGGCUGUCUUCAAAUAGCCAAAAGCACUCUUUCUUUCUUUUUUUUUUUUUUUAAUUCUUCUUUUUUUCUACUCAGUUCCAGACUUCUAAUACUCUAGCCAGAAGAAAUGGGAGGAACAGUGAGAGGUGGGCACAGUCUCCCAGUAUUGAAGAAUUUAACAGCGUGUUCAAUUCGCGAACCUUUACGAACUUUUCAGAUCACUAUAAUUCGGUUUUUACAGACCUCUAAUUUAAGGCAUAGCAGAGGCAAAGAAUUACAGACUGCCCAGGAGCUGGAAGGACUGGGCUCCUUCUCCCUAGCCUUUUUACCAACAGUGAGAUUCCGAGAAAGAAUUUUCUUAAAAAGAGAUUCUGUUUUCCACAGUUGUAAGUUUAGGUGGUAUGUUUCUCAGCUUGUUUGUGUUAGCUGUCUGGGGUUGAGCUUUUUCUUUUUCAAAUAUUAAAGCAGUAGUGUGCCUUUUGAGGAAAUCUGAAAUGUAAGUUAACAGGAAGGGUCCAAGAGAGUGCCGGAAUUCCUGAAUAUUACAGGAAGGCAAGCCACAGGAAAAAUGUGUCAUCUACACUACCCGGGAGAGAAAGCUAUUGUGAUCGGCCAGAAUGGUCUUCUGAGGAAGAGAGGGAGGUCUAGCAUCUCCUGGUUUACCUGAAAAUAUAUAAACUUGACCCCUUUAGAAACCAGUCUUUCUUGCUUCGUUUUCUAUUCACCUUGGGAAAAAAAAAAAAGCCCCACAAAACAAUAUGAUCUUAUUUUAGUUGAAUGUAGUCAUAAGUAAGUCAUGUAAGAUAUGCUCCCAAGGCGUACUUGGAAAAUGGCAGGGGCCAUCUCAACCCUCCUGCGUUAAUCUCUGCUCCUGUAAUUCACUCCCCCCAGGGGGGCACCAGAUGUGUACACUGCUCAUUCAGUGUACAUGCCUUUGUUGGGUCAUAUCAGGCAGACUUGUCAUGCUUGGCCUGUAAUCUGAGCCGGUGUGUUUUAUAACUCUGUCGGUCUCAGGACACCCAGGCAGAAUUGGCACCUUGGGCCUCCUGUUUGUUUUGUGUUGGUGUUGCUUUCUGUCCUUUCUAGCAUGGUGUGCAUGUGCGUAUGUGUGUGUUGGUGAUGCAGUUUCUGGACACGAGGGUUGAGAUUCUCAUUCCUCUGUUUUUCACAGACUAAUGCCUUUUUUUUUUUUUUUACCCCCCCCCCUCAAUCUAUUAAAACCUAAAAAAAUCUACAUGGAGUAGUUUUAAAACUUAAAAUAUUUAUGAAUAGUACUUCUUUUAUUAUAGGAAUAUUUGAUAGAAAAGGAAAACAAAAAUGUCUAAUUGCUGUAGAGUACAUUGUGACAUGCACUCUUUAGGCUUUUGGGCUGUGCCUAUGUGUCGGAAAAAAUGCAAACUAUGUAGCCCACGAGUGGCUACUAGACUGCUUUUUAUUUCCCCAAUGUACUAUGAAUUAUGUCUGAGUCCACGUCUCUUUACAUUGCAAUAUUCAGUUCCACUUCAUUUGCUUAAAUAGAAUUAAAGGAAUUUGAGUACCUGUUUACCUCAAUAGCGCACAUUGCCACAUGUUCCUGGGCAGACGAUGGCAAGAGACUAAAUUCCAGGAAGUCAACUGCAGAUUGUGAGUGUCUGAUUCUCCUUUAUCCCCCAAUAUUUUCUCUCUAUUUCAAAACUAGGCUUUGAUUAUCAUUAUUAUAGAAAUGGUCCAUGGUCGUUGAAAAAUUUAAACCGAAGAGAAAAUUCAUGAUAAGAAGACUGAACCUGAGCCAACUUUUGAUGCUGUGCGUCUUUACUCCUAGAACUAGGUAGGCAGGGGCAAGUGGGUCUCUGUGAGUUCAAGAGCAUCCUGGUCCACGUAGUGGGUUCUAGGUCAGCCAGGGCUGUAUAGUGAGUAUAUCAAAACACACACACACACACACACACACACACACACACACACACACACACACACAACUUCACCUCAAACUUCUCAGGGAUAAUUACUGUUCAUUUUUGAUGACUAACUUUGUAUACACAGUCUUACAUGUGUUAUUUUACUGUAUGGGAUAUUUUUCUUAAAGCCUCCCAUGACACUUGGCUGUCUUCCAACAUUAGCACACAAACAGUGGCCUCAUUCUUUGUCACAGUUGUGUAUUUUAACUUGUAAGGGCACAGCCAUACACUCAAGUCUUCCGUGAACUUUCACACAGUUGCCAUCCUAUUUGCGGGCAUAAGUGGCAUUGCAAGGAAUUCUUUGGAAUUAGAUUAUUGCACAGAAGCCCAAUUCAUUCAUUCAUUCAUUCAUUCAUUCAUAUUUAAAAAUCAUUCAUUCUUUCUUUUUUUAAAGUUUGUAUUAGAAACAUUCUCAUAUGGUAUCUUUUUUUUUUUCCCCCCCGGAACUGAGGACCGAACCCAGGGCCUUGCGCUUGCUAGGCAAGCACUCUACCACUGAGCUAAAUCCCCAACCCCAUAUGAUAUCUUUGUGAUGGUAUUUUUCACCUCCCCCAACCCCUCUCAGAUCGUCCCCACCAUUCAACUUCAGGUUCUUUCUCUCUCUGAAAACAAAAACAGAAACAAAACAAAAUCAAGAUGGGCAAAGUACAAAAAAAAAAAAAUCAAUAAAAUAAAACAAAAAAAGGAGCAAAACAAGAACCAAAAAAAAAAAAAAAAAAAAAAAAGAACCAAAAAAAAGGAGCAAAACAAAAAGCAGAACACACACACACAAGACAUACACACACAUAUACAUACACACAUAUACAUACACACAUACACACACACAUACACACACACACACACACACACACACAAACACACCCCACAUAUGCACCCCAUGGUGUCUGUUUUGUGCUGACCAACUACUUUUUGCAACUUGAUAAAUGGUAUUUAUAUUUGAUUCCUACUUACAUUUUUUGAAGUAGUAAGUUGAAAAUGUUCAUUUUUCUUGACAUUUCUGUUUCAUUUGGUUUUUCCCCCCUCAUAAAAUAUAUCUUUAACAUUUCACAUAAAGGUAAAAUUACUUUUAUAGUUAGGCUUUAAAACCUCAAGACUGUAGAGGUUAGAUAAUCAUAUGUUGGAACUUCGGUUCUGUACAAGUGAAUGGUUUCAGUCCUUGAUAAGUUCUAAUUUUAUUUUUUUGACCAUAGUGUCUCGUGUACACAUCACAUAUUUUACAAUGUAAACUCAGUGUGUUUACACUGUCCAUUGCUGUCCAGACCCACGGGGAAAUAACGAAGAUAAAUUAUAACGAUCGACUCUGAUUUCCAGACUGAAAAAUACUCUUAUUUCUGGGCGUGUCGAGUUCUAACGACCUCUACAGAGAAAAAUAGCUUUUCCCUAGUUUUGUAAGUAAUUUUUAUGCAGCACCUGUGGACCUUGAGCGAAAAUAAUGAGUUGUUUCAGUUUUAAUUACAAGGCUAAUUCCGGGGAACAGUUGAUUUCAAUUUACACUGUUAAAACAAUUAAGGCUACAGUUGAAAUUGGUGAGCACCCAAGUUAGGAGUCAGGCAGGUGUGACAGAUUCUUUAGCUAAUCCUGAGGAAGCCUGCCUGCUUGCGCAUUCUGGGAUGACCUGAUAAGAUUUAAGAACAGGGGGCUGGGGAUUUAGCUCAGUGGUAGAGCGCUUACCUAGGAAGGGCAAGGCCCUGGGUUCGGUCCCCAGCUCCGAAAAAAAAAAGAACCAAAAAAAAAAAAAAAAAGAACAGGAAAAGAGUCACCUGAACGGGUUUGUCACUGAGCAGGCCAAGGCCUUAGAAUGAGUUUGGUGAUUACAGCAGCACAGGUAAAGGUGACUUGUGAUUCUUGGUCCAAAGUUCUUUUCUCUGAGCUACAGAGCGACGUGGUUCAUCCACGUUUGAACUCCUCCCUGCUCCCUCAGAAUUUAGUGUACUUUACGGUUUUUUUUUCCCAUUUGUUUACUUUGUGGGGAGCAGACUGGGGGGUGGGGGACUGGUGAUAAAAUCAUCAGAGCUUUUACUCUUCGCCCAAGAAAUGGUGAUCCAUGAAUUAUGGUGGUUGGAUUUCUUACCAGUUCUCUGCUAAAAGAUAUAUUUUGCAAAUGCUCCCGUUGCUUACCGAGUAGGGCCGUGAGCUUUAAGCUCUGUAAUUACUGUUUGCCUUUUAUGAACUAGCUCCUUUUAAAAGAUCUGGCUGGGUAGGUAACCUUCUCAUAUGUUUGUGCUUCUGUAACUCUUUCAAUGUUCUGUUUCGUUUAUCCAAUAACUGGUGAUCGGUGGUAGGCAAAUGCAUUCUGAAGUUAUUUUUUUCAUCAGUAAGGGUGGUUGUCAUUCCCUCCCCUAAAAGGUUUGGGGUAAUUAAGCUGUAAACACAGUUGCCUUUUCUCUUCCUUGUUUGCAUUCAAAGUCUCAUUAUCUCUUUGCUUGAUCAUUUGGAAGCUGCAAAGAUAGCAAAAGGAUAGUGACUGAAGACCGGGUCCUUCCUAGAGAGCCCUUUAAACAGGUUUAAAGGUUGCGUGGUCCUUUAUCAACUUCUUGUUUUAAAAACUUGAGAGGUUGGGGACGAUGGAUCAGUAGUUAAAGAGCGCUUAUUCUGCCUCCAGCUCUUGUUUCAAGCCUCCAGCACCCACAUACAAACUGUGCAGGAUUAUAAGUCCCCGUGUCCCUAGCAUCGCUUGGUAGAGGGAGACAGGUGAACUUCAGCGCUCCGUGGCCAGAGAGCCUAGACUGAAUGCUGCCUUCUGGUCCAGUGAAAGAAAGAUCUUGUCUCAAGGCAAUAAGGUGACAAGCCGAUAGUCCUCCGCGUCUACGUUGAGUACGUGCCUGGGUAUGUACCUGCGCGCUUACGGACGUGUCACGCUUGGGUAGCGCACACAUAUACAACCCAUGCAGACACAAGCACGCACGAACAAAGCAAAUGGGAAAAGUGACACGCCGAGGAUGUUGCUCGGUGGUGAAGGAGGUGCUUAGUAAGCGGCCCCAAGAUGAACGGCCCAAAGGAGAUAGUUGGUGGGACAGAAAUGAGUGUCUCCGUCGUCCCUCGCUGCUUUCGUUUUCUAUGGAGCUUUUGAAGGGUUAUUAGAAGCAAUUGAGAAAAUGUUAGCAGUAGGCUUCCCUCCAAUAAAACAGAUCUGCGAGCACAGCCGCUCAAUCCUGUGAUUCCUCACUUCCGCCUUGACUGCCACCGAGGCCAUUGGCCACCCCUGCCUGCCUGGAUUGUGUUCCCUCAGAGGACCUUCCGUCCCUAAACUUGUCUGUGAAGUUUGAUGUCUAGACAACUCGCCUGCCCUUUCCACUUUGAAGAGGAGAGUCAGGGAAGUCGAUCACAAGCUCUUGUUACUCUGUUCGCUGUGCUCCGAGUCGAGUACUAAAUGGGCAGCUGUGCUUUUUAGGAUGUACGCCUUACCUCUGUAAGCGCCUUGGGCUCAGUCUUAGAGGUGGAUCCCUCCGUGCACAGCGUUUCGAAAUGCUGUCACCCCUAACCAACUCCACCAUCCUCUCUAUGUCACUUUUUGCUGUGGUCCCUUUUCAUGUGUCACGUUUGGAAAUAUCACAUAAGUCCCAGGGUCAGAUGCUAGAAGCCUUACUUUACAAAUGAGCAAAUUGACUCUAUGUUUUCCCUCAUGCGGCUGAUGGGAAGUGGAGGGGGCAGGAAGCAGGAGACGAUAAAUAAAUAAAUAAAUAAAUAAAUAAAUAAAUAAAUAAGGCCAUUUCCCAUGCUUUAACCGGCAGCCAGAAAACUACGACCGCUGUGGCACAUCCUAUGAGCUAAACCGAUUCCCUGUUCAUUUUUGGUAGUGCCAAGAAUGUAACCCAGGGCUCCCUGCCCUCUAUGCCUGCCCUGCUGAGCUUUAUCCCGGCUCUAAUUUAAAUUUUUUAAACUGACACCUCACAUGUAGGGUGCGGUAUAAUAAUUCAAUAAAUACAUACAAGGAGCGCUGAUGAAGUUCAAGUAAUUGUCUUUCCUCUCCAUUUCUGUGUACUGAGGACCUUUACACUCUGCUUGGCUGGUUAUUUUGAGAUGUAUAAUUUCUUUUCAACUGUACGUGCCCUACCUCGGGUCAGGACAGUGCAAGUCAUUCUUCCUGGGCUAGGGAUUGAAGCUCUAUUGAUAGAGUGCUUGGUUAUCAUGCACAAGGGCCCGAGUUUGAUCUCCAGCACUGCCUAAAAGGGGCUUGGGGGUGCACACCUGUAAUUCUAUCGCUUAGGAGGUCGAGGCAGGUGCAUCGGAAAUUCAAGGUCUUCCUUGGCUACAUAGAAAGUUGGAGACUAGCCUGAGCUAUAUGAAACUGAAUUUCAAAGAUAGAUGAUAGAAAAUAGACAGAUUAUAGAUAGAUGAUGGAUGAUAGAUAGAUAGAUGAUACAUAGAUGAUACAUAGAUGAUACAUAGAUGAUACAUAGAUAUACAUAGAUAGAUGAUAGAUGGUAGAUAGAUAGAUGAUAGAUGAUAGAUGAUAGAUAGAUGAUAGAUGAUAGAUAGAUAGAUAGAUAGAUAGAUACAUAGAUACAUAGAUGAUAGAUAGGAAACAAACGUCAAGAAGAGGGGAUAACUGCUUGCAUUAUACUAUAUUUUACUUCUUAUUACCAGUUUUCAACAAUUGCAAAUAACCACAAAAUGAUUAUUUUGUGGCAAGUGAAGGGGAUAUAACAUCCAAAUUCAGUGCCCACAAGUAAAGUUUUAUAGUUAUGAUUGAUUAGUUCCUGUGGCUGGUGUUAGCACCCCAGUAUUGGGAUGGAGUAGUUCUAACAGAGAUUCUGUGGCCCACGAAGUAGAAAAUAUUGGCCAUUUGUCCUGGUCUGAAAACGUUUGCUCCGCCGACUUCACUCAGGUGGGUGGCGUCAGUGGGGUCUCGUUAUGACAAGGCUCACAGGCCGCCGCAUUCCUCCUUGACUUUGAUGGGACAUUGUUAACCUGGAUCAUCCUGGCCUGCCAUUCCUCUGGCGACCUCUUGGGCCCAGCUCACAGGAAAUGUCUGAGUGGCCUUUCUCCUAGCGAUGAGAAUGUAGGUCGAUGCUCAUUUCUGCCCAAAGCAGCCACGCAUUUCCUUUAGCCCGUUCGGGGGUCCUUUCCCCUUCCCUGUGCGGCGCGCUUCCUGUUGGCUUUGCAGCCUUGAGAAGUCGCCCAUUCAUUUUCCUCCCCGUGGUCUCCAUCCUUUCCUCGAUCCCGUGGUUUGUUAGAAAGUGCGUCCAAAGUUUCACGCUCUCGCCCAGACGUCUGGGCUUAGUUGAUUUUCCUCACGACGUGGCCCAGAGGCUCCAUCGAUUCCUUUGUGUGGUGAUGAAAGCCUUCUUCCACGCUCGAACAUUCUCCUUGCUACAUGGAGAGUUUUCAGGUUCUCGUCUUCUGAAAAUGCUGGAAAGUUUGCUUACGAUUAUCCCUAAAACCUGUGGCUUGUGUAAUGGCAGCUUCUUGGUUAUGCUGUGAGUGUCCCUUUGCUUAUAAGAGUUACUCAAGUCGGGGUUGGGGAUUUAGCUCAGUGGUAGAGCGCUUGCCUAGCAAGCGCAAGGCCCUGGGUUCGGUCCCCAGCUCCGGAAAAAAAAGAAAAAAAAAAAAAAGAGUUACUCAAGUCAUGUGCGCUCUGUAUUUAAGAGGCAUGAUUGUCAUAAAGGUUCUGAGAGGGAAGGAAGGUGAAAGAGAGACAUUUUGGCAGGACGAGACUAGAUAUUUUUUAACGUGCCUUGAUUAAGAGACAUACAGGGAAGGAACUAGUUUUCAGGAGUCCAGAAGGGGGCGCUGCUGUGAGUUCUCUCCGUUUCAGACACUGUGCUUCAUGAUGCCUGUGAAUUAUAUCGAUUCUUGCUCAGUGAGGUGAUAUCCCAUUUUGUAGAUGGGCAGACCGAGGCCAGAGAGGCUAAGAACUCAGAUGUUAGACUGACAGUAGCAGAGCGGAGGUUGUAGUCAAGGUCAACGGAAGUCCCGAACCUGAGCUCCGAUCUAUUCCGCUUUGGAACUGCACCUCCAAAGUCAAUUUGCAAAACCCCAUGCACAAAAGCAAUGGUUGCAGAUAGAAAAUUUGACCUGACUCCAUAGGGGCUCAGAUGGAUUUGUGCAUGCCUGGGUCCAGUUUGGUAGUUAAGAGGGGUGUUCUGUGGCUUUUUAUAAGUUCUUUUAGACAUGACUCUAAGUGUCUGUUGAGUGGAGAAUGCUGAGUCUGACUCAUUCUGAUUCUACAUGUUGAACUCCAACAUACACUUCUCUUUGGUUGAAAGAGGCUGAUUACAAUCGAUCAGCUGACUGGUAUUGAUGAGUAUCUCCUGGAAGUUUAUGUUAAAACAUUGGUAACAGAUGGUUUCCUUCGCUGUUCGUAGGUUGUACCAUCAAGAAACUGAAUCGACUCAAACCUUGUGUGUGUGUGUGUGUGUGUGUGUGUGUGUGUGUGUGUAAAUGACAAUGCUUUAAACCAGAACAUAGCCAGCCCCGGUUCCCUUUUAGCUUAGCUAUUUCCUUUUCUUCCUGGUUAUUUCUAUAGAAAUUUAUCAACUGCAAUUUCCUUGAAAUUAUGAAUAAGCCUGUCUUCCUCUUGUAUUGGACAGUGUGAAGAAACAUGAGAUUACAUCUGUGUAGCUGAGAAGCUAGAAGGAGCUGGGAAUGACUACUUAUUUUUUUUUAUUUACUUUAUUAUUUGAGACACACUUUCAUUAUAUAGCCCAAGCUACUUUUGAGCUAGCUAUGAACAAGAAAUACUUUUGGACUCCAAUGGGCUAGCAUUGAACUUGUGGUGAUCCUUCUGCACCCACGGCGCUAAGUGCUGGGGUGGCAGCGCUAAGUGCAUGCCAGCUAUGCAUCGCCCAAUGACUGCCUUCUGGUCUUUUCUCACAGCUGAAGCUGAGUAGCCAUGCCCAUGUAGAUAUUUAGCCUCUUCUCUUAUCCUCUCUCUUCUAACCACACAUGAGGCAGGAGGUCUUAGGCAUAAGAAGCAAGGCUCUGAGGGACCAUUGGGAGCAGGCUCAUAAGAGCCAGUGGAUACACAGAAAUAGCUCUUCUGGGGCGUUUGAAAAGGAUGCAUUGCGCACUUACUUCCCUUUUAAUUUACCCCUUUCCAAACUCCAUACCCACGUUGCCAUUUGACAAGCAGAGCAAAACCCAGAGCAGUCAAGUCCCACAGACUGGACCGAUCUAAAAGGGAGGCUCCGGUAUUGAAUUUGUUUGGACCGAAUCCACAUACAGACUUUUGAAAAGCUGGCGGGAGAGGUGUGGCUGGGUAAGUGUGAUGCUGGGGAGAUGGCUCAGCAGGUAGGAGCAUUUGCUGCUCUUGAGAAGGACCUGGGUUCAGUUCCCAGCAGUCACACCAUGACUCAUUAUCUCCAGCUCCAGUCUAUUUCCUGCCUUCUUCAGGCUCCCACGAACACCGGUCAUGCAUACGGUGCCCAUACAAAACACCCUGCACAUAAUAAUAAAUCUUUUUAAAAAAAUACCGUGCAGGGCGGAAGUGGAGAAAAUACACUUGAUUCUACUUUUCUCGUUAUUCACUAGGAAGCCUUGAAAAAAUCCACUUUAACCCCAAGUGGCUCCUGACACUAAUUCAUGGAGCUGUCAGGGAGAUUAAACAAGGUCGUGCACGCUAUAUACAGUGCUCUCCGUGUUUGACCCGCUGUCAUUUUGCAAGCGCUCACUGAGGGCACGUCUGUGUUUGAGGUACUCCACUAGAAUCAACCAUCACUCCAUAAUCACAUUUGUCCCACUCUUCCAUGCCCCUCAGCCCUUAAAGGCAUUCUCACGCAGGAGGAGAUAAAAAAUGUUCACAGUUAAGUUCGUCUAGCGCUCGGGUGCCGGGUGGAUAACAAGGAGGCUAGGAAAGCCCUCCUAAUUGGUAUGGGAGUGGUCACGUGAUCUUCGGAGUCGAUGAGGAUUUGAGUCCCUGAUCCAAAAGUAAAAGAGAGGAGGAAUCUUGACUCUAAUAUCCAGGGGCAGCGACCGAAUGCUGGUAUAGGCAGGGCACUUGCUCAGAAGAAUACUCAGGCAAAGGAAAGUGCAAAAGAGAAAAAUGACCAGGAAAAUACCUGGGUAAAGACCCCCUGUGUCUUUUUGAAGCACUUCCUUGUCCGCAGCAAGGCAAGAAGCGAAACCCCGGCCUUAAGAUUCCAAGGGAAGCGUUUGAACAACCUCAGACCAGUUCCACGCCGCCUCGGGAUUUAGACUCCAAGGCUUGCAUUUCUAUUGGAAACCAGAACUUUGAGGUGAAGGCCGAUGACUUGGAGCCUAUAGUGGAGCUGGGACGAGGUGCGUACGGGGUGGUGGAGAAGAUGCGUCACGUGCCCAGCGGGCAGAUCAUGGCGGUGAAGCGGAUACGGGCCACAGUUAAUAGCCAGGAGCAGAAACGGCUACUGAUGGAUCUGGAUGUUUCUAUGAGGACAGUGGACUGUCCGUUUACCGUGACCUUCUAUGGUGCACUCUUCCGGGAGGGCGAUGUGUGGAUCUGCAUGGAGCUCAUGGAUACGUCACUAGAUAAAUUCUACAAACAAGUUAUUGAUAAAGGCCAAACAAUUCCAGAAGAUAUCUUAGGGAAGAUAGCAGUUUCUAUUGUAAAAGCAUUAGAACAUUUACACAGUAAGCUCUCUGUUAUCCAUCGAGAUGUCAAGCCUUCAAAUGUGCUCAUUAACACGCUGGGCCAAGUGAAGAUGUGUGACUUUGGAAUCAGCGGCUACCUGGUAGACUCUGUUGCGAAAACGAUCGAUGCCGGUUGCAAACCAUACAUGGCUCCUGAACGAAUAAAUCCAGAGCUCAACCAGAAGGGGUACAGUGUGAAGUCUGACAUUUGGAGUCUGGGCAUCACCAUGAUUGAGCUGGCCAUCCUCCGGUUUCCCUAUGAUUCUUGGGGAACGCCCUUCCAGCAGCUAAAACAGGUGGUAGAAGAGCCGUCUCCACAACUCCCAGCGGACAAGUUCUCUGCUGACUUCGUUGACUUUACCUCACAGUGCUUGAAGAAAAAUUCCAAAGAACGGCCCACGUAUCCAGAGCUUAUGCAACAUCCAUUUUUCACCGUCCAUGAAGCCAAAGCAGCAGAUGUGGCGUCUUUCGUAAAACUGAUACUCGGGGACUAAAAAGCCACGGACUUGACUGGUUGACCCUACUGUGGAUUGGUGGGUUUACAGGGCGAAGUGAGUUCACCACAGCGCCAACAGAAAGUCAUCUUGAGAUCAUUGAACCCUGCCUCUCUGAGGGGCUUCCUCUCCCUGUUUUUCUUUUUCCUCUCCGAAGGGGGCCUUGGAAUCUCUAGCGUAGGCUGAGCUCUCUAUAUGGAUGAAAUAUGAUAGAGGCUUAGGACUCGAAAAGGUGAUAAAAUAUUUAAUGGCGAGGCAUACGAGGAGUCCUCAAGCCUCUGGGAUCUCUCGUGUUCUUUACAAAAUGAAUGCAUUGGCCCUGGUAACAAGGUGCUACAGUAGUUGACGAGAUUGUAAAGUAGGUUCGUAGCGUAUCCCACUUAUUUUAAUAUUUAUGUUUCAGUGCUUGGUUGGAAAUAUUCCAUUUUUAUGCAAGAAGGGAGAUACAGAGACAAGGCUGACUUGGCAGUGUUUAUAGGGCUUUUAUUUUUUAAGUUCAAUCAUGUCUGUGGUCCAGAGGAAGUUAUUUAAUAUGCAUCUUUAAGAAUAUUAUAAAAAAAAAAUCUCAAGCAAAGGGGCUCUUCCUAUGCACUGUGGCUUGCGGCUGUCAUGGCGGCUGCUCCCGACCGUCAACUCCACCGUGGGUGAUCACCGAAUCUUUUGAAUGAACUGUCAAAGUUAAUGCUCCUCACCCCACCUCCCCCAACGUUGGAAAAUUUGAAAGUCACUUGUUUCAUGGCUCAAAGAGUAAAAAAAAAAAAAAAACAAAAAACAA